AUGAAUAGCCAUCUCUUUGAACAAAAUUUUGUAUAUUGCAAUGUUUGCCAUAGGAGACAUUCGCAUGGUGAUCCUCUUAAUUUGACUUCCUGCGCUCACAUUUUAUGCUCCCUUCACGUCGAGAACAAACAUACCUGUCCAGUUUGUGAUACAGAUGACAUUUCAAUAAUUAAACUUGCAGUUGACAAGAAUUUACCUCCAGAUGUAAUUUCAUUUUUUGAACCAUUACCCAAUUUGCUUGAGACAAUUUACAAUGUGUCACAAUUUCAACAACAAGCUUUAGUAAAUCAAAUUCAAUAUUAUCAAACUCAUUGCGUUAAAUUAAGAGAAAAAGUUGCCCGGCAACAACAAUUAUUAUACAAAGCUAAACAAGAACUAGAUGGUGUUUCCAAAUUGAGGAAUCGAAUAAUAGACCUAGAGUCACAAUUAAAGCAUAAUAAUACCAACAGUCAAGGUAUAUCUAAAUUUUUUGAUUCAAGAAAUUCUCAUAAAGCAAGUACAAGUUAUGGUGAUGACCAUAAUAUACAACCCCCAAUGACUGUUGAUCUAACUAUGGAUGAUUCAGAAAAUGAUGGAAACACAUUUUUAUCUAAAUUAAAGAAAAAAUCGUCAAUAAGGAAUCAUAUGGAUCGCAAUAACAGAAAUUUAGGAGGACUGUUACAAACCAAGGUCAAUUUCCCCAAUGUCUCGAGUAUGCAAACUACAACAAAAAUUCAGCGUUCAAUAACAGAUUAUAGUUCCCCUUCAGAUAUCCAGAAAUAUGCACCUAACAAUAAUGUUUCUACAAACGAAGCAUUUGAGGCCGAAUCUACACAUCUAGCUAAGUAUAUAUAUUCCCCUAAUAAUGGAAGGACAGACACAAAGGACAAUCGAGGUAUGGGAAUAUCAUCGUUAUCUUCAUUAUCAACAGAAGGGGCAUCUCAUGAACGGUCAUCCUUAACAUAUAGCUCUUCCAAUAAUAACCAAACGAAAAACAGAAAUAGUUAUAUAAAUACCAACCGAAAUAAAUUUCCACAAGCACUUGAUAGAUUACGCAUUACCAAAAGAAAUAAUACCAUCAACAAUACCAAUAAUGAGUCUACUCGUUCAAUAUCUAAUAGUCAAGGUAUAAUUGCACAUAUGAGAAGUAGUCGUAAUAGAACCACAACCAACAAUAUUAACAUGAACAAAAACAAUUUGACACAGAAUAGAAGAAGUUCAACAUCACAAGUAAUUAAUUGUAAAUACCCAAAUACACCCAGCUCUAAUAUGAAAUACAAAAAGACAUAA